AUGAAGACAAACCUGUCGGCCUUCCUGCUGGAUUACAGGGAGAUGAAGAUGAUCAGUCCAAUUACCACCUCAGGAGCAGGGAUGCUGGAGCCGCUGCUCCCGCCACCCACUCCCAUCCACUGCUCCCGCCCACUGCUCAGCCGCUGCUCCCGCCACCCACUCCCAUCCACUGCUCCCGCCCACUGCUCAGCCGCUGCUCCCGCCACCCACUCCGCCCACUGCUCAGCCGCUGCUCCUGCCACCCACUCCCAUCCACUGCUCCGGCCCACUGCUCAGCCGCUGCUCCUGCCACCCACUCCCAUCCACUGCUCCGGCCCACUGCUCAGCCGCUGCUCCUGCCACCCACUCCCAUCCACUGCUCCCGCCCACUGCUCAGCCGCUGCUCCCGCCACCCACUCCCACCCACCGCUUCCCCCCACUGCUCAGCCGCUGCUCCCGCCACCCACUCCCAUCCACUGCUCCCGCCCACUGCUCAGCCGCUGCUCCCCGCCACCCACUCCCACCCACCGCUCCCCCCCACUGCUCAGCCGCUGCUCCCGCCACCCACUCCCACCCACCGCUCCCCCCCACUGCUCAGCCGCUGCUCCCGCCACCCACUCCCACCCACCGCUCAGCCGCUGCUCCUGCCACCCACUCCCACCCACCGCUCCCCCCCACUGCUCAGCCGCUGCUCCUGCCACCCACUCCCGCCCACUGCUCAGCCCGCUGCUCCCGCCACCCACUCCCACCCACCGCUCCCCCCCACUGCUCAGCCGCUGCUCCUGCCACCCACUCCCGCCCACUGCUCAGCCGCUGCUCCCGCCACCCACUCCCACCCACCGCUCCCCCCCCACUGCUCAGCUGCUGCUCCUGCCACCCACUCCCGCCCACUGCUCAGCCGCUGCUCCCGCCACCCACUCCCACCCACCGCUCCCCCCCACUGCUCAGCCGCUGCUCCCGCCACCCACUCCCACCCACCGCUCCCCCCCACUGCUCAGCCGCUGCUCCCGCCACCCACUCCCACCCACCGCUCCCCCCCACUGCUCAGCCGCUGCUCCCGCCACCCACUCCCACCCACCGCUCCCCCCCACUGCUCAGCCGCUGCUCCCGCCACCCACUCCCACCCACCGCUCCCCCCCACUGCUCAGCCGCUGCUCCCGCCACCCACUCCCACCCACCGCUCCCCCCCACUGCUCAGCUGCUGCUCCUGCCACCCACUCCCGCCCACUGCUCAGCCGCUGCUCCCGCCACCCACUCCCACCCACCGCUCCCGCCCACCGCUCAGCCGCUGCUCCUGCCACCCACUCCCAUCCACUGCUCCCGCCCACUGCUCAGCCCGCUGCUCCCGCCACCCACUCCCACCCACCACUCCCGCCCACUGCUCAGCCCGCUGCUCCUGCCACCCACUCCCGCCCACCACUCAGCCGCUGCUCCCGCCACCCACUCCCAUCCACUGCUCCGGCCCACCGCUCAGCCCGCUGCUCCUGCCACCCACUCCCAUCCACUGCUCUCGCACACCACUCUGUCGCUGCUCCUGCCACCCAUUCCCGUCCACUGCUCCCACCCACCGCUCAGCCGCUGCUCCCGCCACCCACUCCCACCCACCGCUCCCGCCCACCGCUCAGCCGCUGCUCCUGCCACCCACUCCCAUCCACUGCUCCCGCCCACUGCUCAGCCCGCUGCUCCCGCCCACUGCUCAGCCGCUGCUCCCCGCCACCCACUCCCACCCACCACUCCCGCCCACUGCUCAGCCGCUGCUCCUGCCACCCACUCCCGCCCACUGCUCAGCCGCUGCUCCCGCCACCCCACUCCCACCCACCACUCCCGCCCACUGCUCAGCCGCUGCUCCUGCCACCCACUCCCGCCCACCGCUCAGCCGCUGCUCCCGCCACCCACUCCCAUCCACUGCUCCGGCCCACCGCUCAGCCGCUGCUCCUGCCACCCACUCCCAUCCACUGCUCUCGCACACCACUCUGUCGCUGCUCCUGCCACCCAUUCCCGUCCACUGCUCCCACCCACCGCUCAGCCGCUGCUCCCACCUGCCACUCCCAGCUACCACUCAGCUGCUGCUCCCAUCCGCCGCUCAGCCGCUGCUCCUACAAGAAUACCCAUCUUUCUUCAAAAAACAAAAUAAUGUUUCCAUAA